UUCCUUUUUCAUUUCUCAUACUUUCAAACAAAUUUAUCUUCACAUUUUAUAUGAACAGUGAUUUCAGUUGUUACAUUUUUAUGUAUAUAGGAAUUAAGAGGGGCAAUUCCAAUAUAACUAACUCUUGAAAGAAAAAUACGAGAGGUGUGCAAAAUUUACGAACGAUGCUUUAGAAAAAAAGAUUUACGAAUGAUGUUAAAGUGAUGACAAACAACAAAUUGAUUGAUUAGGUUGGGUAUAAUAUAGGUUAAAAAUGAAAUUAGUAAUAUUCUCUUAUAAAUAAUUUAAUAGAUGACUAUGUCUUUUGUCUCUCAUCAGCACUAAACAAUAAAAAGUUGUCUAUUGCGAGUUUAGUAUUCUAAAAAUUCGAUUAGAACAUAAUUAAUAGAUGUUUUUAAGGUGAAGUUCUUAGCAGAAUAUAAGAAACUGUCUCUUAAUUUUUAACUAAAAAAACUAAAAACCGACUUUUAAAUAUCUAAGAACCGGUUUUUAAUUUAUUUUAGUUAAAAAUUAAGAGACAGUUUUUUAUAUUCAGCUAAAAACCUCACCCUAACAACAUCUCUUUAAUCAUGCUCUUACAUGUUUAAGCCAUAGUUUUUUUCCCUCGACUCGUAUAUACAUAUGAUAAAGUUCACAUUACAAAAAACUGAAUAUAUAAUACAUUACGACGUGGAUAUACGUAAUAGAUUUAAAAGAUAUUGGGUACCUAACAAAAGCAUCGAGCUGUGUUUGUCUUUAUCUAAAGCAUAACGUCCGUCCUUAUCUCUCAGACUCUCACCUAAAAUUAAACUUUAAUCAACCAUUAAGCUUCCAUGUCCACUAGUAUGAAGUAUGAACUGUAACUGAGAAAAUAUAUAUGUUAUUACAUGUACAAAUUUUCAAGAUCGGCAACAUUUUUAUGACAUUUUCAAAUUUACAAAAAUAUUUACUUUAAGAAAAUACAUAUUUUAUGCUUAAUCUUCUAUAGUUUAUAUUAAUAAAAAAUUACAAACUCCGUUCAUCUGCUACAUGGUAGAGUUUAAGAAACUACAUCUUAAACAUAAAUAUAUGGCUUAAUUGUCUCUCUUCAUUUGCAAUUUAUUGACAAAAGUAUGUAAUAAUAACUAAUGUUCCGUUUAUUUUAACUCAAGAAAUAAUAAGCAACUAAAUAUAGUUGUAUAUUUAGAGCAUGGUUGAAUGGGUUAGUGGAGUUUUUUCAACUUCAUGAAUUUAAGUAAACCGCUUAGAUAGUGAAUUCAUGUAGCUUCUAAGUUCUUGAAAGAUUUAGUCAAAACAUAUCACAACUCAUCUUUUCUAAGAUCAGAACAUAUCUAUCUCAAUUUAACAAAACACAAUCUCGAGAUAUAGAAAGGGAAGAGGAAGUCCAAGCAAGGUACGACAUUAAUGAGCAUAUGCCAUUAAUUGAGCUAAGAUUAUACACAUAACAGUCCAAAGAUCUUGUUAUUCUCGAAAUUUCUUGAUAACUACGAAAAUGGUCACGUAGCAUGUUAAGCCUUUAGUGAGUCAUGAUCCAAGUGUAUUAAUGGUUGUAUUAUAAAAGUACAGUAGUUAAUUUCAAAACCGUAACAUGGGUUUCAGAGCCACAUGCCUCCUCCUAAUUGGAUGGCAAGUGAAGACAAAUUAGUGAGAUGCGAGUGGCUAGUCCGAUGUCCACCCACCCGGAUCGUGUCGGGCCGGGUCGGGUGUCAGCGGGAUCCGCGGGGGAUGGGUGGGAAAGAAAAGAGUCACGCCCACACGUUCUGGUUUCAGAUUCAACCUACAUCUCUCUCUUCUUCCCAUGCGGUCAAUACAUGCAUUAAACUAUCAAUCUCUCUCUUCCUAACUACGAUGACUGCUAACUACACUAGCAAUAUAUGAAUUCGCAUUUUAUCUUGAAUACUUAAUGAUAGACUAAUAUAUCUAGUCUGUGAUUUACCACCACGAAUUUUCCAAAUAUCAUAAAAAAAUCUGAUUAAUCCAAAUAUGCGUAGAUUAUUUGGAAAUAAACUUUCUACAGAGCCACCACAAGCAUCUAAGUUCCAUUUUUUUUUCUCAGUUUCAUUCUUAUAUGCGCCUUAAUUAAAGAAAUGCAUUUUUUUAGAAAGCCAAGUUGAAACAGACCAUUGUGGCUGAAAAAUAUAAUGUAAAAUCGAUAACAAGUAGUUAGGAAUCCUUAAAAAUAAAAUGGAAAGAACCAUGCUGAAAAGAGGACUGGGUCUUGACGUUUUGGACUCAGCUAGUUAUCAUGUUAAUUAGUUACGUUUAUGACGUAUAUAUAUAUAUAUAUAUAUAUAUAUAUAUAUAUAUACGUUUAUCUUGAUCUUGGCAAACAUAAUUCGACUUCAUGCAAAAGCAAAGAAAAAGUUAACCUAAAAGCUUCAUCUAUUUAGAUUUAAAAAAAAACAAUAUAUUUAUAAAUAAUAUUGAGCUCGCUGCCUUAGUAAUGUCUUCGAUUAUAAAUUCCUUGCAUCCGUCCGAUUGAGAUAACUCUCGAAAUACCUUUGUAAGCAUCACUUUUUGGUAAUAUGUCUCAAGUUGUAACAAAAUAAAUAUAUAACAGUAUGAUAUUUGCCGUAGAUUCCAUAUGUUUUCCAACGUUAUAUAUAACUAAAAUUGUGUAUAUAUAGAAUUGUAUAUACGCUGAGUUUUUUCUCAAAGUUGUUCCCCAAUCAUUAUAUCUAUAACUCCUUGUUUUAUCACAUGGUUGAAUAUUUGUUUUAUAUACCAUGUAGUAUAUAAUAUGGAAUUAAGAAGAAAAUAAAAGCAAACGACCUUUUGGUGGACAUAAUGAAACUGGUAAGGGAUAUGUAUAGUACAUACUAUUUAUGUAUACAUUAUAUAAUGUGUGGAAUCCGGAUAGUUAAAAAUUAAUCCGACACAACAAUGAAUCACAUUAAAUAAUAAACUUUCCAGCAUUUAACAAGCCAUGGAAAUGAAACUGAUGAUUAUGUUAAAACUUUUAUUAAGCAUAGUCAAAUCAUAACUGAAUCCAGAGCUUAUUAUAUUUUCUUCACUACCAAAGAGGUUUUUUUAUAGGUAUGUAACAUCGUUUCUAUCUAUCUUUAAUAUGCCUAUGAUACUACGUCAAUUUCUUUGAUAUAAUGUACAUUUUUUUGUUGAUCAAGUUUUCAAUAAUACAUACACGAUACUACAUAAUCGUUUGAAAACAUGAAUAUAUUUCAAGACAAAUGAAAUCUUUAAACAAGAAAGUAAUGAGAAAAACACUUAAUGAGAAAGAAAAAAAGGUAAUGAGAAGUGGCACUGUCCUUUGGGCUUUUCUAACAAACUCUUGAAUGAAUAUUUUCAGACGGAAAAAAAAAAGUGGCACUGUCGAACGCUUUUGAUAUGUCUUGUCCGGAGAAUGUUUAGUUUGGUUGGGGGGGGAGGAGGGGGAAUAACUGAAGUUGCUUAUUUUGGGAAAUUUGGAUAUAAUUUUUUAGAUAUUUUAAAAAGGUAAUUAUCAGAGUAGUGAAUUUUCACCCCGCUGAUGACCUGAAAUAUUCUGAUCGUGACGUGAAAGCCACCCUUUCGAUCUUUCAAGCACAUCCUGAACUGAGUCAAUGUUUUUAGAGAAGUGAUUUAACAUUAAAUGAAUCUUAUUCACGCAUGUCAGCAGCUUCUGCACGUGCGAGUGUGAGCUGGUUUCGCUGGCUAGUCUUGUGACGUGAAGUCAUCGCAACCGACGGGGACAAACAUCCAACGGCGUCUGACGCGCCUGUCAUCUACUCUUUCACUUCCACUUCGUGUCUCUUUAGUCUUUCCAAGCUUCGCGAUUUACGAGCUUGAAUCUGCCAUCAUCGAGCGAACCAUACACAAUAAAUCCAUUCAGCAACUGAGCAACCUCUCAAUAUAAUACUGUAGUAAUAAUACUACUAACUUGCUUUAUGCUUAAAAGCGAAAGAAACAAAUAUAAACAGCUGAAAUUAAAGGAAUAUAAGUCAGUUUUCAUCGAACCGUCUAAUCGUAACUUUCAGAAUGGUGGAAUAAUUUCAGAAUUUCAUUAAAAAAGUUGGUGAAAUAUGUGAAUUUCAUAAAUUUUAUGAACUUGAGAAUUUAACGUUUAACGUUUUCUUUGGUCAAUUGUAUUCUUCUCGUUUUACCUAUAUACUGUUUCUUUUUAUCUCCUAACUUUCACUACUAUGCAGUACUAUUACUGAUCAAAACCAUUAAAACAUGUUUUUGUGAUACUUAUUUUCUAUAUAGAUAUUAAUGAUAAUAAUUAGUACUAGUGAAUUGCACAGUCGGAGCUGAUGAUGUUGGAUAAGUAGCUACCAACUGAACUGAGAACAUUCUUAACAUUUACACCCAAAAAAACACAGAGUAUAACAUACCUAUAUUUACUGAUUAGUAAUUUCAUUUACUAGCUAGUAGAGUCGUGAAAAAAAUAAAAAUGUGAUCAUUGAAACAAAACCUAACAACAUUGACAUAUAUAUCGUUUUUUCGUCGAGCGAUAUUAGAAUGGUAAUAAAUCGUGGAACCUUUCGGAUAUAUAUACAUAACUGGAAAAUAUGUUAGAAAACUGCAUAAAAUAUCAAUACCAUAUAUCAUAAAAAAAUAGUACAACGCAUAGCGCUAUAAGUAAGUAAAUACAAGAGUGGUUCUCUUCUCCUAGAUUUGAAAUGACAUAUUUAAAACAGUUUCUGUCAUUAUCCAACCACAAUAACGUCUCUUCUUCACAUUCUCAGCUUGUUUUUGCCAUUUCAACUCUUAAUUAUUUGUCACUAACUUUCAUGCACCUUAAUUAAUCUUAAAAAACGCACAAAUAUCUCUAUGCAGACAUGUAUCUUUUUCAAUAAUAUUUGUGAAGACUAACAAAUACAUUUGAGAAAACAAAUUAGAUGCAUUUUCUCUACAAAUCACCUUAAGGAAUCCUCUAUAAAUACGAUAUGGAUUCAUAUUUCUUAAUGAUUGUUUGAAAGUUGUCUGUCAACGCAAAUCAAAAUGAAUACUUGAUUCUUAACAACAUAUAUGUACACAGGAAAUUAAUAGUGACUGCUAAGGAAAUAUAUAAGUGUUUGGCUUAUAUAUUCUACCUACCUCAUUGUAUUGAAGAUUAUUAUAAUUUUCUCCGUUGCUCUUUAACUAUUGAAUGGUGUAUAAAUAGAUAGAAAUAUAUUUAAAUUCUACCGUUACAACGAGAAACAUAAUGUCGUACAUCAGGGCAAGUCCCUACUUAGCUUAACUUAAAGAAAUUAUUUUAGAUUCAAUAUAGACUCGUGUGCUUCAAUUUGUGUGUCCAUAUAAUGUUUGAUGUAAUCCCACGCAUCCAUGGAAUAUACUUGUAUCCUCAUCCAAUAUUUUCACGGACUUUUUUUUCUUACAUAAUUAAAAUUAACCGAAAUUAUUACACAAUAGGGGAAUGGCCCCACAAAAAGUGGACCCCCACAAGUGACACAGUGAGUAGGACCCACACACCGCCCAUGCGGCACGCUGUCUAUCUAAAGUCUAAACCAAAACUAAACCCAUCUUCCAUCUGAAUACUUCCUUGACCUUACCCUCUCAGACCUAACCCUAAAUCCAUCUCUCUCAUCUCUUCUCUCUUCUUCUUCUUAGAAGUUUCAUUUUCAUGUAUUACUAGUUCUGCUCCAGUUUCAUUUUACAUGUAUAUGACUUUAUAUCUCUUUUUAUUUUCUCUUCUUCAAAAUUUCAAUCUUUUUCUCCUUAAUUAAUUGAAUUGAGCUCUUGUGUAUCCAUCCUCAAGUUAAGAGCAGAGGAGAUUAAUUAGUUAAUUAGGGUUUUUAAUUGUUUGCUUUUUUGCUUUUCAUUCAAGAAAUGGAUCAGGUCUCUCGCUCUCUUCCUCCACCUUUCCUCUCAAGAGAUCUCCAUCUUCACCCACACCAUCAGUUUCAGCAUCAGCAGCAACAUAACCACGGCCACGAUAUCGACCAGCACAGGAUCGGUGGACUAAAACGCGACCGAGACUCUGAGAUCGAUCCAAACGAGCACUCUUCAGCUGGAAAAGAUCAAAACACCCCCGGCUCCGGCGGAGAAAGCGGCGGCGGAGGCGGAGGAGGAGAUAACCACAUCACGAGAAGGCCACGUGGCAGACCAGCGGGAUCCAAGAACAAACCAAAACCACCAGUCAUCAUCACUAGAGAUAGCGCAAACGCUCUCAAGUCCCAUGUGAUGGAAGUAGCUAACGGAUGUGACGUCAUGGAAAGCGUCACCGUCUUCGCUCGCCGUCGCCAACGUGGUAUCUGCGUUCUGAGCGGUAACGGCGCCGUCACGAACGUUACCAUAAGACAACCAGCUUCGGUUCCCGGUGGUGGCUCAUCCGUAGUUAACUUACACGGACGUUUCGAGAUUCUUUCUCUCUCGGGAUCUUUCCUCCCUCCUCCUGCUCCACCGGCGGCGUCGGGUCUAACGAUUUACCUAGCCGGUGGUCAAGGACAGGUCGUUGGAGGGAGCGUGGUGGGUCCACUCAUGGCUUCAGGACCUGUGGUGAUUAUGGCUGCUUCGUUUGGGAACGCUGCGUAUGAGAGGUUGCCCUUAGAGGAAGAUGAUCAGGACGAGCAGCAAACGGCUGGAGCGGUUGCUAAUAAUAUAGAUGGUAACGCGACGAUGGGUGGUGGAACGCAGACUCAGCCGCAACAGUUGAUGCAGGAUCCGACGUCGUUUAUACAAGGGUUGCCUCCGAGUCUUAUGAAUUCUCAACUGCCAGCAGAAGCUUAUUGGGGAACUCCGAGACCAUCUUUCUAAAUGGUGAAAAAAAAUACGUUAGUUGUGUUCAUCGUUUUUCAUUUGUAAUAUCUCUUCUGUCAAAUUUUAAUUUUCUUUUCCCCCUUUGUUUUAUAAGAGAUCAUUGUAGCCUUAAAGAGAAUCGUUUUGGUCAUGGGACUGGUCGAUCGAUCUCUUAGGUUUGACAUGGGGGUUGUGUGUUUGCGUUGACUAGGAGAUUAUAAGUUGUUGAUUUCGAAUUUUGUGAUCCAUGUGUUGGUGUUAAUUAAGCUUUGCGUAUUGUUGAUUGAUUCGAGUGCAAAACCUAGACUCAUUGAAUU